AAACAAGAUAAAAGAAAACUUAAAACUUACAUCGUGGAAAACUCUGGUAUAUUUCACUCUGUAUUCGAGAAUAUGUGUUAGUUUAUAUUGGCAGCCUCUAGAGAGCUUAUUUUCUUAUUUAUAAAUUAUAGGACAGUUAUUUUGGAUUUGGUUGAUUUUUAAUGUAGCGAAUAUCUUUGUAUUCAUCUUUGUUGGUCGGAGUGUAUGAAAUACAAGCUUUGCUCAGGUCAUACAUUUCUGAUCAUACUUAUGUAUUUUAGAAUGUUGUAUGCUAUAUGUUGUAAUGAAUUAAUUUGAAUUUGAAUAAGUUGCCUAUAAUAGGGGUGAUACCUGCGCGAUACAAAUGAACCCAUGGAAUUUGCAUACAUUAGAGAGUCUACACCUCUAAGAGAAAGAUAAUUCUUCUGUUGAAAGUCGAUUCGGAAAACUAGAGAAAAUGCACUUUGCCUAAUAGAUAGAGGUGAGGAAGGACUGAUACUCCUUGAAGAAAUGUCAAGUAGGGGACUGCUCGAAGAACGAUCAGGAGAUCUCGAUAGUAUCGAUGUUAGAUCGCUGUUGUAAUGAUGUAGCAUAAUUAGUCGGGACAUCGAUGAAACGUUAUGUGGAAGGACGCGGUAAUGCUGGUUGUAUGCAUCACCACCGGAUUGACUUUGACAAAUACCAUCCUGGAUAUUUUGGAAAGCUUGGUAUGGUCAGAUAUCAUAAAAAAAACUCUAAAUGGCAGCCAGCCAUCAACAUUGAUAAAUUAUGGACACUUGUAAGUGAACUAACAAGACAGAAGUACAAAGAUGACCCUAAUGGAAAGGCCCCAGUUAUAAAGCUUAUUAAUGCUGGAUACUACAAACUUUUAGGAAAAGGAAGGUUGCCCGCUCAACCAGUCAUAGUGAAGGCUAGAUUCUUCUCUAAAAGGGCAGAAGAUAAGAUCAACGCUGUAGGAGGAGCUUGUAUUCCCCAAGUAGGCAUGGUUUUCAACGAUGCCUUUGUUGUUCCUAGAAGCAAAUUCGUUACAUAUGCUACUUACCACUUCGGACAAUUCCGCUGGGCUUAGUUGUGAUGUCUCCUAUCUCAGCCUUGGAUGAUCCUUGAACUUCUCUCUCAGCUCUUCCAUAUGCACAGUGUUCUCCGAGGUAUACAAUCACAGCCAUCCAGAAUAGUCUUUGAUGAUGAAAUACUUAAGGUUGAGUCGCUUGA